AUGACAGCUGAAUACACCAAACCUGUUAGAAGGAUCACCAAUACAGAAGAUUUGGAAAUUUGGAAUGGUUCUCAAGCCUAUUCUACAAUACUAGACUUCGUUCAGGAUCUUCAAGACCUGGUAGUUGGGCUAACCAACGACGCACAAGUUACGGUUUCUUCAUCUUCAGAAGAAUUAUUGAAGGUGUUAGAUAAAGUUAAUGAAAUUAUUGAAAACAAUCCGGUAGUACAUGAGAAAGAUAUUUCACGUUUUGGUAAGAUUGAGUUUAGGGAUUUUUAUGACGAAAUUUGUAAAAAAUCGUUCGAUAUACUAAAGCCAUUGGUUGAAAAAUUGGAGGAUGAUCCUAGGAUUGAAUUAGCUACUUAUUUUAAUGAAAGUUGGGGUAACAGAACGAGAAUCGACUAUGGUUCUGGACAUGAAUUGAACUUCAUCGCUUUCCUUGCAUGCUUACAGAAACUUGGUAUUAUUAAACAUGAAGAUUAUCCAUGUGUUAUCGUGAGGGUGUUCACAAAAUACAUGACCGUUAUGAGAGCCUUACAGAAGUUAUACUGGUUGGAACCUGCUGGUUCUCAUGGAGUAUGGGGUCUUGAUGAUUAUCAUUUCCUUCCGUUUUUAUUCGGAUCAUCACAAUUGGCUACACAUCCUCAUAUGAAACCAAAACUGAUUCACAACGAAGAAUUGGUUGAAAGUUUUUAUAAGCAAUACAUGUAUCUUGAAUGUAUACAUUUUAUUAACACAAUUAAAACCACUCCGGCUAAUCAAGAUCAAAAGUUAAGCUUGAGGUGGCAUUCUCCCAUGUUGGAUGACAUCCUGUCUGCAAAAUCGUGGGCUAAAAUAAAAGAAGGAAUGAUUAAAAUGUAUAAGGCAGAGGUUUUAGGAAAAUUACCUAUUGUCCAACACUUUAUGUUCGGCUCAAUCAUCCCUUGCCCAGAUGGUGUAAGUGAAUACCAUGAACAUGAUGAUGACAGUGAUUGUGGUCAUGAUCAUGGUGGAACUGUCAAUACGUGGGGAGAUUGUUGCGGUAUAAAGAUUCCAAGUGCCCUUGCAGCUUCUGAAAUGAAUAAAAUUAAUAAUCCAAACAAUAAGCCCAUUCCAUUUGAUUAG